GCUCUUCCUGAAAACGUCAUGACGUACGGAAGCGGCGACUCAGAGAGACAGGCGGGGAGAAGUUCAAUAAACGACCGACUCUAUUUUUUUGUUCUGUCCUUUUGGUUCCGGUCCGGCGGAGGGUCCGAGAGCAGCGCCAGUCCGAGAAGAAGAAGAGGAGGACAGGUGAGCAAGUGAGCCGAGUAUGUGUAUUUGUGUGUGUGUUUAUGUGUGUGUUUUUCUGACAGUGACCUUUGCUGCUAAACACUCGCGCUGUGGGCUGUAGACGGAAGUCCUGUGGAAAAGUGACCGUUUAGGACAUGAUCUCAGGUAGCACAGAGCAGACAGGAGUGAGGUAUAGACCCGAGACAUUCUGAGUUAGAGACACAGAUGACAGGUGGUUCGGCUCAGGUUCGGCCCUCUUUGCUCCAAACGCCGCGGGUCUUUGCGGGUUUCUGUUGGUGAGUCUCUGUCCGUGUCUCGGUGUUUCAGGAAGUUCAGAGGCCUUUAAUGUUUCGGUAAACGGUCUUUCAUGUUCGUAAUUAGCGCCGAUUUACGGGAAGCCUCGCACGCUGUCAGGCAGGAGUGGAGUCGAAGUGGUGCGCGUGCUCUCAUGUAUGCUGAACAACGUAGACAGGUGUGUGGAUGAGUUUCUGCGAGGAGGACUGACCUCAGAGAGUCUGACUCACCUGGUUCAGGUAAGCUCCUAAAAACGGGUCCUGAUCCAGAACCACUGACCACAGAGAGUCCACAGGUGUGUGAAAACACGCGCUCAUAUUCAUCACACCUUGUAAAGGGUCAUCCCCCUGUUUUUGGACCACAUCAGACCCGUUCUGAUUUAAAGUUUCAUUAUCAGGUUCUGAAAAGUUCUGGUUCUGUUUGUAUAAGUCUGUCGCCUUAGGAGACCAGUUUAGACCAGAUCUGAGGGGUUCAGGUGUGCAGGGGUUUGGAUCAGGACCUGGGGUCUCAUUUAUCAAACGUGCGUAGAAAAGGUUCUAAAUUCUGGAGUAGGAAUGAAAUCUAGAAUGUGCGUAAAUACAAAAAAAUCCAUAUUUAUCAAACUUGCAGACACCGGUCGUACGCACACACAUACGUAAUCGGUGAUGAUAAAUCCCGCCUGUUCUUAACUACCGUGCUCGUGCAUGGUUAGGGUCAUUUGCAUUCAGAAACGCCUCCAAUUGACCAUACAUGGUAUCAACAAUCCCUUUUAAAAAUGCGUGAAUUAAUUUUUUUCCUCCUCCUGGAUGUCCACACUCACAGAGCUGUUAUGCAGAAUUAAUGAGCCGUGCAUUCCUCUAGACAACAACAGAAAUAAAUGUGUAUCGCAGAUUAUUUGUGCAUUGAUUGGAUGAAAUCUUUUCCUGUUGACAAAUCUGAAUUUAUUGUGUGAAGGUGCUUUUAUUGCGAUAUGGGUGCAAUCUAUGGCUCCAAUUAUGUUCGGGAAUCCGGCGAUGGCGUGAAAUCCUCGUUUUGGAUACUGGAUGUAAAUUGAGGCCAGAGAAAUUAUUUCAUCCAACUCUGCCGGCAUGAUUCUGCUUAGCGUUGGCUGCGAAAUAUCGCAUAUGUCUCCAAUCUCACGCUGAAAUGUUCCGGUUAGGGUGGACAGUAGCUGGAUGUGCGCUGGAAUGGCUUUGGUGUGUUUUGUUUCUCGCUCCGACACGGGUAGUAAAUUACGGCGUAAAUCCAUGAAAAUGUUUUGGGGAAGUGGUACCUGCUGAGAAGCCGCUCUGCAGACGCUUCUCCAAGUCCUCCAAUAGCACAAAAUAAACCAUGAUACUUGUAUUUGUACUUGUAAGACUUCUUUUGAGGUUGUCCUGUCACAGCAGAUUUUUAUAGCUUGUCUCACCAAUCAUUCAAAAUGUCUAUUAAAUUACUAAAUGAUACAUUUUGUAAAGAGGCAAAAGAGAACAUGUGUGAAGUUUGAGAUUGCUGAACGCUGUGACUCCUUUUAAUGGGUUCUAUUUGUGGUUUAACUGUCCUACCACAAGGUUUUGUGUGAACGCAUGGUCAGAGUUGUGCUUAAAUUUACGCAUGUUCCUAAGCACAAGUACAGGUUGAUAAAUUCCAGACUUUGCGUGGGAAUGUUCAUACGCACUCAUUAAGCACACAUCUGUGCGUAUGCACAGUUGAUAAAUGAGGCCCCUGGUCUCUGAAGUCUCCACUGAGACAGGUGGAUCUGACACCGACUCACUGAGCACAGGUGAGUGUGUACAGGUGAGUGUGUACAGGUGAGUGUUUACAGGUGAGUGUUUACAAGUGAGUGUGUACAGGUGAGAGUUUGAGAGUUUACAGGCAAGUGUUUACAGGUGAGUGUUUAAAGCAUGAGCCCAUCAGGUCACUGAGUGUUCCUCUGUUAAAUCACUGAUAAUAAAACACUAAGAUAGAGGAGAACACCUGACACGUGACCUGGUCCAGGUGUGAUGAUGGUCUGCAGGUAGACAGGGACAGACCGUGAUUAGCUCUUUAUUAUACUGGUGAGUGUGAGCUGUGAUAAACACACUAAAGUGUGUGUGUGUGUGUGUGUGUGUGUGUGUGUGUGUGUGUGUGUGUGUGUGUGUGUGUGUGUGUGUGUGUGUGUGUGUGUGUGUGUGUUGCAGGUCUGUACCUGCUCAUAAACACUAAUGUCACCUCAACCUCAGAGUCAGUGAAGGUUUACAGACUCUACAGACAUGAACACAGACUACAGACAUAAACACAGACUAAAGACAUAAACGCAGACUACAGACAAGUGAACACAGACUACAGACAUAAACACAGACGAAAGACAAGUGAACACAGACUACGGACAUAAAGACAGACUACAGACAAGUGGACACAGACCACAGACAUAAACACAGACGACAGACAUAAAGACAGACUACAGACAUAAACAGAAACUUCAGACAUAAACACAGACUACAGACGGGCUGUUAGUUUCAGUACCUUCAGGUCUGUAGGUGUAUUUCUCAGGUUGUCCUGUUAGUGAUGUUUUUUCCACAGCACCACCAAGUUUACAGGAAGUUUUCUUUGUUUAUCCUUUAGUCAACCUUUUUAUAUCAGUAUCAUUUUACUUUGAGGGGUGUGACCCCAAGGCUGGUGACCCUCUUGGAGGUCAGAUCUGUGAUCAGCUGAUCAGGUAAUCAGGUUAAUUAAAUAUAUCAGAGAGAUUUCAGUCGGACCAUGUGAUACUGAUUCAUGGGGUGAGAGAAAGAGAGAGAGCCCACUCUGCGUGACGCUAACUUCUAAAAACAUAAAAAACAGACGUUAAGUGUUGCCCGCGGCAAUAACUGACCUCUCCGUUAAUGUUAAUGGUUCUCUGAUCUAAUUUGCUAAUGGCAGAAAGACCCCAGGAACACACUGAUUGGUUCGCUCAGGCUCUUGUUGCCUCAGGGCCUCAGAGCCAAUCAGAUUACAGAGGAGGGCCUGCUAAACUACGUCAUGCUGUUUCCAUGGAGACAUCUUAAUUAGACAGUAGCUGCAGCGUUAAAGGCGUUCAGUCCGGCGCUCGCUCUGACCAAGGGAGGAUCACCGUGAGGACAAGAGAGGUGAGAGAGAGAGAGAGAGAGGGUUCGAGUGUCUCUCACCCACUUAGAGUUAAAAGGUUCCAGUGUAGUGAUGUCAUCAGUAGGUGAUUGACGGUGAAGUGAUGUCAUCAGCAGGUGAUAGACGGUGUAGUAAUGUCAUUAGUAGGUGAUUGACGGUGUAGUGAUGUCAUCAGUAGGUGAUUGACGGUGUAGUGAUGUCAUCAGCAGAUGAUGUCAUUAUGUCGUGAUAAUUUCGUGGAUAGUCGGUUCUCUCACCUGAACAGCUGUUUUUUCUGCACCUGUACAGGUGAGAGGCCGGCUUUUAGAGUCACCUGGGGAAGUAUCCUCACACUGAUAGAUUAUUGGGCUUUUGUUUUGAAAGUGUUUCCUCGUUAGUUCCUGUUUUGUUUUUAAAUGAUUUUGUUAAUAAUGAAUAUUUUUAGGUUCAUGUAGAUUUCGGAUAUUGACGAUGUUCGCUGACCUUAAGCGUCCCGGUUUGCUUUAUUUUAGGGCAGACUUCAACCACCUCACCAUGGAAACUAACCACACCCACCAACAUCAUCACACAAUGGCACCGCCCACCACUGACGGGCACAACCACGGCGGGGCUGGAGGAGGAGAGCAUGAGGGACAUGGAGGCAUGGUGAGCUCUAUUCUGCUAAUGUCAUACUGCCUGCCAUCAGCAUGCUAACAUGCUAACGGCGUGCUUGUUGUUGCCUAGGCGAUGACCUUCUACUUUGGCUACGAGAACGUGGAGCUGCUGUUCACCGGGCUGCUCAUCAACUCACCUGGAGGUCAGCUGAUUCAUUUUAUUUCAUCUUUAACAACAAUGGAUUUGUGUUCUCUUUAAAAAAAAUGUGACCCCGCCCCUUUCUGCUGUGGUCCAAUCAGAGAUGGUGGGGGCGUGUAUCGGUGUCUUCCUGUUGGCCGUCCUGUAUGAGGGGCUGAAGAUGGGUCGGGAGGCGCUGCUGCGCCGCAGUCAGGUCAAUGUCCGCUACAACUCCAUGCCGCUACCUGGAGCAGACGGGACAGUUCUGAUGGAGACGCACAAGACGGUCGGGUAGGUGGCGAACGCCAAUGCUAAUGCUAACAACAACAACAACAGCGGUGAAGUUCACACAAGGUCAGGAAAGAUCAGAAAAACCACAAAACCCUAAAAAUCUUGUUUGAAGUUUAAGGAAGAUUGACAAAACCAGAAUCUGAGGAUUUUAAGGUCAUAGAGCAAAGACAACAAAUAGUCCGUUAGAUUAGCGAAACGAUCGAUAACUGGCUGAUACAGGCACCAUUUUUUUUGUGAGGCUUAAGGUCCUUACACACCAGGACCAACACAAAUAUACGAUGCAAAAUUAUGAAAUAUUCAGAGGCGAAUUUUGAUGCGUCUGACUAUACACAUCAAGCCUGAUGCGAUUUUGCAACUUUCCGGGGGGAAAAGACGCGUCCCGGGUGUAAACGAGAAGACUGACACAACAGCAGACUGACUGUUUUCAGUUCUGAUUAGACACUAGUGUUGAGAUGGCUGUCUGUCAUGAAAGCAUGUUAUCAUGAUAGCAGUUUGAGACAGUAAAAAUACAUAUGGUAUGUUGUAUCUGAACAGGUUAGCUUACGAGCUAAAGUUACUUAGCGCAGAUGAAAGUUAAAACAAAGACGUUUAGCAAACUGUUGAACCACACAUACCAUCGUCAUAUGAGAAAUCGGACGCUAUGACUCCGACAUAAUUGCACAACAAAAACGGUGUGAAAGGACCUUUCCUUCGGACAAACUAAAGAUUUUUGGCCAAGGAGCCCAACACAGAAAUAUUCAUACAGAACACAAAAGUGUUUUUCUAUUAAAAAAAUAAAUACAUUCUAGAGUCAUGAGAAGAACGUUGGUGAUACUUGUUUUUGUGAAACUGAUUUUAAUUAGUUCACUGAUUGUUAAAUCUCAAAAAUUAUGUGAAAUAAAGAGUAUCAGACACCUGGUACCUGUACACCCUUAAUAAAGUUCUGCACAAUAUAGAUGACUUUUAAUCAAAUAAAAUAAAGAAGUGUGUUAUUUUAUGUAAAGAGCUCUGACUCCAUUUUAGUUUAAAAUUAAAGCAUCGAGUUGUUCAAAUUUACUUUACAUUUAGAGUUCAGAGUGAAAUAAGAAAAUGUUAAAUUAUUAAAGUUGACGGUAUUAUCUUUAAUGUUUUAUAAUAAUUUAGCUGUAUUAUUUUAGUUUUAUUAUUUAUGUUUCAGUUUGUGAUGCUGAACCUCUUUGACUAAAAACAAAUCCUGAACCGGGUUUUUGUUCAUUCAUAAAAAUCAUGUUUUCUGUUUAAUCUUAACGUUUUAAUUCACCCAAUGACAGCCAGGGUUUGGAGGGGGCGGAGCUACCUGUUGCACUUAAAUCCCGCCUCUCAGGAAAGUCUUGCAGGUAACAGUAGACUUCAGGGUCUGGUCCUGGUUCUGGUUCUGGCCUUGUUCUGGUUCUGGUCCUACUCCUGCUCCUGGUUCAUUGGCUGCUUUGUGUGAGACCAUCUGAUUGGACUGUUUCGACCAAUCAGAGUUUGAUGAAUAAUAAAUGAGCUGAUUCUGAUUGGAGCGUCUCAUUCCUCAUCUGGCGGACAUGUUUGUAGUUUUUCAUCCUAACUUUUGUGGGAUUUUUGCGAACUGUCAGUAAAAUUACGUUUUUAGUCGCUCAGUCGACGAUAAAAUUUAAAAAUUUGUUUUGAUUUGAAGUUUGAAAAUUGGAGUGCGUGCUGACAUCACAGAUUCUCGUCUGAGCGACUCUGCUGUCCCCGACUACCCUUAAAUCUAACAUGCUAACACUUUGGCGCAUUCUAACAUCUAUUAAACUCUAAAAAAAUGCUAACAGUAACGCUAACUCCCUUUUUAUUUAUUUUUCAGGCAGAGGAUGUUAAGCCCCGCCCACUUCCUUCAGACACUGUUGCACAUUGUUCAGGUGGUGGUCAGCUACUUCCUGAUGCUCGUCUUCAUGACCUACAACGCCUACCUCUGUAUCGCCGUUGCAGCUGGAGCUGGCAUGGGCUACUUCCUGUUCAGCUGGCGGAAGGCGGUGGUCGUCGACAUCACUGAACACUGCCAUUAGCGAGCCGCUAUCUGCUGGAUGCUAGCUGCGGGCUAUGAAGCUAGCAUCAGGUCCUUUUUGAUUUUUGCUGAUCACAAUCAAAUAAAUGUUAAUGUUAACACGUCACUCUAAGUUACCUAGCUAGCAAACCGAGGACUACAAAUCCUAGAAUGUUAGCAGGAGACCAAGUUAGCGGUUAGAAGAGACACUAAGUGACUAACGUUUCUAGUUAACCUGCUGUAGGUUAGCGCACACACACUAACGUAGAGAAGUUAGUGAACAACACUGAAAGUCGACGUUUUGAUUUUUAAAUAAUUUUGUUUUAUUGUUUUUUAAAUUUUUUUAUGGGGGAUGAGCUGGCCAAUCACAGCUCAGAUCACCUCAGGAGUUUCUGAUCAGCCAAAGUCAUCGUUUUUUUUCUGUUUAUCUUUAAGGUUGCCAGGACAACCAAAAUGUUAAACAAUAAAAAAUAGAUAAGGUUAGCUCAUGUAGCGUUUAUUUCCAGCUGCUCCAUCGGUUAACAUCGUUAAUAUUAUCGUCAUAAUUAUCGUCAUAAUUCUCGUCAUAAUUAUCGUAGUUAGCGGGUCAAGAUCGGAAACAUCGACGAUAAUCUGACUAUAAACCUCAUACACACACACACACAGACACACACACUCUGAAGUUUUUAUUAAAAUAGUUUUUUGUCGUUUUUUUCACUAAACAUAAAAAAAAUCAUUGUUUCUAACUCCUCCCACAUGUCCCUGAGCAGCCUAUCAGAGCUCAGAUCCUGACCUUAACAGUAGUUCUGAUUAUUUGUUUACUUUUAAAUGUCGUCAAACUUCAAACGUCACAUUUAGGAAAAGAAAAAAACUCUUUUGUUAACUUCCUGUUUUCCUUGCCACCGUCGGCCUUAAACCGACACCUGCUGCCUUAACUAGCUGACGGCGAUGGCGGCGGCCGUGUGCAGUCUCUCUGUGCUCCUGUCCAGGUGUGACGGAGGUCAGCAGGGACAGAAGACAGCAUCUCAGAAAGACCAAGAACUAAAGUAGACAAAGGUGGAUGGCUUCCUGAUCUUUGCCUUUGUUUCUGACUGAGGUCGACUUCUAUGAUGUCAGUGUAAUGUUGUGUGAUUAUUUCUCAUUGGUUCACACUGGGAGGUGGGCAGAGUUAAUGCUCUGGACCAAUCAGGUUGCAGGGACAGAUUCUACUCACUGGAUUCGAUCCUGGACAGCUGGACGUCCUCUCGAUGUGAACCUGAUGGUGUCUGUUGUGUCUUAAAAUGAAGUUGAUGAAAUCUGAAGGAAACAUUAAAAUGUCAAAGAUUAACUGUCACUGAUGCUGGGAUCAAAAACAAAAAAAAUUUGAGUAAACUUUAUUAAAAAAAACUGUCUGUUAAUGUUCAAAUAAACUCAGAUAUGAAAAACACUCAUAAUUACUGAGGUUAAAGAUUAUAUUUAACACUGAAGAUGUUUCAUAUUUUACUAAGUUUAACCAGCAAAUUUCAACACUAAAUGUAAAGUUUGUCUGGCAAA